AUGCCGCAACAAUCAACUGAUAAUACUUUAAAGCCCGUUUAUAAUUUGGUUGAAUUAGAAUUAGAUAACUAUGAAGAAAAUAAACUAGUUCUUGAUAUUAUUCAUGACUUAAAUACAUUUUUUCAAAAUUCUAGUAUUUGUACAUGCCGUCGAACUCCAAAACAAAAAGAUCUUAGAACAUGUUUUGAAAAAGUAGGAUUUAAAUGUUUUUUCAAAAGACAUUUUGAAUUAAAAGCUUUAGAAGAACAAGAACUUGAACUUUUUAUAAAAUUACAAUUAAUGUCAUUUGAACUUACUGAUGAAAAAUCAGAUAAUAAAACCCUAAAAAAACAUACAUAUAAAUAUAACUAUAAUAGCUCUUUACCUCUUUGUAAGCCAGUGUAUUUAAAAUUAUGUAGAAUUAAUGAAUACUUACUUUCUACUUUACAAAAUCAUUUACAAUCAAACGAAUUAACUGAACGUGUUCAUAGAAAUACCAGACAUGCAUCUAAAAUGGAAUCAAGAGUUUUUUUGGAUUUUAAUAUAACAUUUGCAAUUAAACAAUUUUUAGUACAAUAUGGAGCAAUUCAUGAAUUUCUUUCUUCAUUACGGCAUCAAGACGAUUCGGGUAUCUUUAUUUAUCUUCCAACUGGUCAAACCUAUGUUUCGGUUUAUAAUGAAUAUAAAAAAAGUUUUUAUCUUACUCAUGAUCAAUCAGAAAAAAUAAUUUCUUAUUUUACUUUUAGAAGAUUAUAG